AUGGAAGACCCUGAGUUCCUCGGCUUCGGGGCAUUUGAGACUACCGCUUUCCUCACAGCCGUGCUGGUCGCCAGCUACUCGCUCAUCUCCAACCCGACGGGCCGUCAAAGCAGCUCGGAAUCUGCAGAGUACCAGGUGUACGCCGGUUGGCGCUUCGCCCUCAUCGUCCUCUUUCUGCAACUCAGUCUCAUGCUCUUCGUCAUCGUCCAACAGAGCUUCAAGCCCGAAGUCCCUGCUAACGCCAAGGCAUGGCUCAUCGCUCUCAUGGUCGCCCCCUGGGCCCCCGUCGCUGGUAAAGUCCGCGACACGGUCACCUCGUUCUACCGCGUCCGCCGCCUCAUGAAGAGCAGGCUCACCCGCAACGAGCUUGCCGCCAUCAUUCGGGACCGCUUCAAGUUUGGCCAGCGCGGAAUCGCCCUGCCCUCCAUCAUCUUCCACGCCACUGGCGGCGACACGCCCGCCCAUCCGAUUGCCGCUCUCCGUGCAAAUAGCUACUUUGCGGUCCACGAGGACGCGCUUCGAGAACAGGCAGAGGCCACUGCCCAGACCGACGAACCAUGUUCCCUGGACCUCGGGGCCCUAUGGGCUAUGAACCAGAGCCGUCAACCGACCUCCAUCUCCCGCACGCGUCUCUUUCUCUGGCGCGGCGUCUCUGCCUGCGACUUGCUCGCCCGUGCUUGGACGGAGCCGCGCUUCUGUCUUGACGCGGAUCCGAUGCCGGGGAUCAAGUCGGACAUGGAGCGCGCGCUGUAUCUGGAUGUGGCCGACCUGUUACAACAGGGCAACACUGUGAGUGAUGAGCUGAUGGAGCGGGGUUUGCGGCGCUUCUGCGAGCGGUGCCGCCUCUCGGUACGCGGGGCUGUGGAGGCGUUUCUGGAGAGCAGCGAAAGGGGGCAUACCGAUCUGCGGGCGGGGAAGUGGCUGAAGAAUAUCGGGAUGAAUUGGAGGGGGCAGUUUGAACGCGUGAUCGACGUGAUGUGGGAGGCAGCAUUUAUGGAUGCCAAGGGUUUCAAGCUGGAAAUAUCACAGAAGGAUGAUGUACAGGAUGAGAGUCCGGAUUAUGACGACCGGGCGAAAGUGACGACGACCAAGACGUUUGCGUUGCUGUUUCUAAUCAUUCGGAGCUUGUUGAAGGCCAACGGUGAGCAUGGGGCUUACGAGACGGUGGCGGCGAUCGUGAGGGACGGGCCGUUUACCAGGGUGUGGUGGGAGCGGUAUUGGGCGCGGCUGGAAGAGAUUGUGAGGGCGAAGCGAGUCAAGGGUGGUCCAGCUGAUCUGGAAAAGCCGGUGGUGUGCGUGCAGAUGCGGGCGGACUUCAAGGCAGCGCUGAGAGAUUUGGUGGACGACGAUGUUAAGGGGAUCGUGGAAGAGUUUUUGCAGCAUGCAGAUGACAGCCUCUGUGGUGAUACGGAGUGCUACUUGAAUCCGGCAAAGAUCCUCGUGCAGGAGUAUCGAAAUGGGAAAGUUGUACCGAGGGCACGGACUGUGGAUCCUAAGGCCGAGGCAAGAUGUGUUUCAUGACGCAGAAAACCGGCGUUCUACGUACGAACUCAACGUACAGUGAGCGGGCUAGAUUUUGCAUGAAUACACCGACCAUUAAUGGGUUAAAUAAACGUUUCGGUCCCGUGCCGGAGUAGAGAUGCCCAUUUCAGACAGCAUCUGCUCGUUU